AUCACAAGCAGCAACAAUGAUUUGCAAGUGUGUCAGCCUUCUGGCAGUGGUGGCCACCGCCAUCGCCGGUCACGUGGGUCCCCACGGCGGUCACAGCGUCCAGCAUAGGAACCAGGACGACUUCGGCAACUACAACUUCGGCUACAAGAUCGUCGAUGGCUAUGGUGCCACAAACGGCCGCCAGGAGCACGGAUCUGCUUACGGUCCCGUAGUCGGCUCUUACAGCCUCGGAGACAUUGACGGACGUCACCGUACCGUCCAGUACGUGGCUGACAAACUGGGCUUCCGCGCUGUCGUGAAGACCAACGAGCCAGGCACGAAGACCAGUCACCCAGCCGCGGCCCCCACUAUCUCCGCGAACGGAAAACUUGUCCCAGCCGCUUCCAUCCACGCCGCUCCUGUUGCUCCUGUCGUAGCCAAACCCGUCGUCGCUGCUGCUCCAGUUUACGGUGGUCACCACGGUCUUGGUUAUGGAGCCAGUUACGCCCACGUGGCUGCCGUUGCUAAGCCUGUCGUUCCAGUAGCUUAUGGGGCUCAUGGAUACGGUGGUUAUGGAGGUUACGGUCUGGGCUACGGAGCUGCUCUGCCUCUUGCUCACGGCUAUGGUUACGGACAAGGCCUGGGUUACGGUGCCGGGUAUGGUGCCGGGUACGGCGCUGGUUAUGGAGGCUACGGCCACGGAGCCUACGGAGGUUACGGUCAUGGCUACCACGGUUGA